AUGGCGGACCACGAAGCCAUCACGAGACUAGAAUCUGUGCUUGAUCUGCAGAGAAAAGCCUUCAUUCAGAACCCAUGGAUUUCGAUUGCAGAGCGAAAAGCAAACAUCAAGAAGAUCCCAGAGAUGGUCCUAAGUAACAAGGAUGAGAUCAGGGAGGCUUUAAAUCAAGAUUUUUCUUCGCACCCUGCAGCUGUUUCCGAUUUCGUGGAGGUUCUAGGCGUUGUGGCUCGGGCAACCUAUGUGAUCUCCAAAAUCGACGAGUGGACAGCUUCUGAAUUCAGAGAUGUCGAUCCCCAGAUGUUUGGAAAGUCGAAGGGAGAAAUUCGAUACCAACCAAAGGGCGUGGUGGGGAAUAUUGUCCCCUGGAAUUUCCCGAUUGACCUCUCCCUCGGGCCGUUAUGCGAGAUGCUUGCAGCUGGCAACCGUGUCAUCAUAAAGCCUUCAGAAUACACUCCAGCAACAGCCAACCUUCUCGCACGCAUGAUCAAGGCAGCAUACCCCGAGGAUCUGGUGACAGUUGUGAUCGGAGGUCUAGAUCUGGCGAAAAGGUUCCCUCAGCUCAGGUUUGACCACAUACUCUAUACUGGUAAUCCAGCCGUGGGGAAAAUCGUGAUGGGUGAAGCCGCCAAAAAUCUUGUGCCAGUGACACUAGAGCUUGGCGGGAAGUGCCCUGUAAUCAUGACACCGGGCUCUGUGACGCCAGAAAACGUCAAGGAUAUUCUGGGUAUAAAGAUGAUCAAGAGUGGUCAAAUGUGUAUCUCAGUUGAUCAUGUUUACUGCCCAAGAUCAGAAAUGGAGAAUUUCAUUUCCGAGGCCGAAACAUAUUUCAAGGACAACCUUGCCGAUUUCGCGGUCUCUCCAGACAACACAGGGAUGAUCUCCGAACGACAUCUUGGGCGAAUCAAGCGCAUGAUUACACAAGCCGAAGAUGCUCAAGUACGGUCUAUCACGUUGGGUGGCCAGGCCAGUGUCUCUGCAAACACACGACAACUUCCCUUGACACUAGUCGUGAACCCUCCAAAGGACUUGGACAUCAUGACGGAUGAGAUAUUCGGCCCUAUUUUGCCUAUUAUUCCUUACGAUGACUUACCAACAGUCGUUAAUGACAUCAAUGUGGGCGAACGACCACUCGGCCUUUACGUUUAUAGCGAUGACCUUGCCACAGCCAAUGAUGUGGUCAAUAAGACUAAUUCAGGAGGCGCUGCGAUCAAUUGUGCUGCCAUCCAGGGAGCUCUUCCUGCUCUUGCUUUCGGUGGGUCUGGUAACAGUGGGAUGGGAAGACAUCAUGGAGUGGAAGGAUUCCGAGAGUUUUCGAACCCGCGCGGGGUGUUCACUCGAGGGCGACCUGUAGAGGACUUGAUCAAUGUGUUCACUCCUCCAUAUGCCAAAGGAUUACAGUUUGUGGUAGAAGGUGGCUAUCAGCACGCUCUAAAAUCGCUGCAGCGCGCUUGAGAACUGUUGGUUCGAACUGUCUGAUGGGGUCUAACACAUUCACUUGCUUUCGCAGCUCGGUCUCUAUGUAGACUAAGCUAAGUGUUUCAUUGAUUUGAAAUUACUAUCCCAU